AUGUCUGACAGAGUACUGAGCUCCGCGAAGGCUAAGCAUCAUAUUGGAAUUAAGGCCCGUAGCGUAAGCAACGAAAAUGUGAAACUGAGUAAUCGUGCUUUAACUGAACUCUACGGAUCUAUGCAGAAAUUCUACGCAGGGUACUCCUCAUAUUCAGAAUCAGAACAGCCAUCAUCGAUUUCUUCGCCUCGUAACCGCCAGAGUUCUGGACCAGAGGCAUCGCUGACCUGCACAAUGGAUAGGCUACAGUUGUCGAUAGUUGUGCAACCAAACAAUCAGCAAUACAAUGUUACUAAUACUAAUGCAAUGCAAUUUCUGGCUCAACAAUAG